UAUUGUUAUUAUGUACUUUCUUAUUUAACCUCUUUGCUUUAAUUAUGGAAUAUUGUCAAAUGAAACUUUCAAAUGUUACAUAAAAAAGGGACAAUACUGUUUUGUACGUCUGUCAAAUUCAAACAAACGGCGUAAAUUUAAAAUUAAACAAUGAUAUUAUUAGUAAAAUAUGAUUAUAUUAAACUAAACCUAAAAAAAGAAAUUAGGUAACCUUGGUUUUUUCGCAACAUAAAUCAUUAGAAUCUAGAAAUAUGUUCAAGUUAUAAAGAGAAUAACAAUCAAAGUGAUCCAUUCAUAGGAUGCUGUAAACGAGGCUGUAAAUUAAAAAAAGUAAAAAAAAAAUAUUCAAAAUGGAAUAUUGCGGAAGACGCAACCGUAGAGCAAGGCAACGAAAUUCGUAUCAACAUAUGCCUAUGCAGACCAUGCAUUUUGUCCAAAGGCCGACAACGUGUGAUGUUUUGAAAAACCUCUCUAGAUUCCUCUUAAUGGUAGCACUAUCAGUCAGUAUUGGAGUCUUUGCGAUCGGUUUAUGUAAACUCCAUUGUAAGAACAGCAAUAAAAGCGAUUUGGUUAUAAUAAAAAGAAACAUCAAUGGUAUGAGGCUCAACAUUUCAAGACUAAAAGACUCAUAUACAGAUUUAGAAAAAACAAUCACAAAAUUCGCCGAAGAGAAACCAAAAAUUGAUGUUCAAAUAGAAAUGUUACAAACAUUGGCUAAUAUUUUGGAAAAAGGCGAUUUUGUAUGGUAUCCAAAAACAGAUUUUGUCCCACCCAAUGUAUGUGUGCCUUUAAAUGAACCCAGUUUUAUAAUUCCCGAGGAAGCAGCUAACAACAAAAAUAUUACAUUUGAAAAAACUGGACAAUUGAAUGAUCCAAUAGUUCGUGUUGUAGAGAAAGACUUCUACAAAAAUUUUACUUCAAUAGUCUAGAUACUUCUUUAAACUCUUAUUAUUCCAGAGAAACCAGAUUAAGAAAAAAUUAACAGACUCCAUCUUCGGAUACGAAGUACCGGUCGUUUUACUAGCAAGGAACUAUAAUAAAAACUAUUCAGCAUCCAGGACUGCAUGUUUUGGAGUUUUUUGAUAAAUACUUUUUAAACAGCAGAAGCAAAAAUACAGACUGUAUUUAGUACAAGCCAAUGUUGAUG